UAUGUAUCACCUGAUUUCUUUUACUUUAAUCAAAGACAAGGUCUGAUUCAUGUGCUUGUUAUAUUUUUAUCAUGGGUACAAAUAAUGUGAAUCGACGUGAACUUUGAUGACACUGGAUAUGUUUCUUUCACUGAUAGCUACAUUUUGUUUGAUAACGGCAAUCUCAUCAGCAAUUCCUGAAAAGACUAGGUACACCACAAAAUAUGACAAUGUCAACUUGGAAGAGAUCAUCAAAAAUGAUAGACUCCUUAAAAACUAUGUGGAUUGUCUCUUAGAUAAAGGAAAGUGUACUCCUGAUGGUUUGGAACUCAAAAAAAAUAUGCCAGAUGCUAUAGAGACGGACUGCAGCAAAUGUAGCGAGAAGCAGAAAGAGGGGUCUGAAAUUAUCAUGAGAUAUCUGAUUGACAAUAAACCUGAUUAUUGGAAUCCUUUACAGGAUAAAUACGAUCCUGCAGGAAACUAUAAGAAGAGAUAUUUGGAGACCAAGAAGACAGAAGUCAGUGUUGAACCUAUUGUCAAUUCCUAGACAAGGACAACAAUCUUAGAAUAUCAGUUUGUAUUAGAUGAAGAUGUGUAUGUAUUAUAGUUUACAAAUAGAUGAUACUGAGAAGUUUCAUUGAUUUUCUGAACUAACUUUGAUUCAGUUUCAAUGGAAACAUUUUGUCUACAUCUCUAAAAUAAAUCACCACUCAAAGUUCCAGAAGGAA